CAAAUAUGGCGACGUACGGCUGAAAUCACAGAAUUGAGAGAAAGAGAAAUGGAUGCCGAGAAUCUCGAUUGGCAACCACCAGACGCAUUAAAGCAAAAGCUGGAACAAGCAUACGAAAAGUUCAACACGAAUUGCCACGAUAUUUACAAAAUACUGCGCACAGCACGCGAUGUAUGUCAUCGUGAAUUAACAGAAAACCAAUCAGCCGCUCCUCCUCCCAUAACGUCUGAACAGAUUAAAUCGUAUAUUCAACAUAUCGAGUCUCUUCAAUCACUGCUUAAUAUUGACUUGAUAGUCAAGUCAUCAAAUAAAAAUGAUAAAUGGGUACCUGUUAAGAUGGAAGAGGAUUAA